AUGGAUCGUUUUAAUAGACUAACUGGUGUGGUGUGUCGUUUGCGGUUAGAAUUCAGGCACUGGGAGGGGAUGUGGUCUAGGGUUUCACGAUAUGCGAGUUACGCUAGUGUGUUGGAUGAUGCAGUUUUGUUGGAAAUUGUUAAGGAAGCUCAGUUUUCCUUUGUGCAUAAGACGAGUGAGGAAUUGGAUGACCUUAUAGAGAAUGACGAGGAUAGUAUGCUAGAAGAGUCUCAUUUUAGAAAGCGUCUUGGUACAAAGACCGUAGUUAUUGCGGUCAUAAAUUUCAUCGAAUUUAAAAACCUGGUUACUUACAUUGUGAUAAUGUUUGAGCGAGCGGUCCGAGAAAAGCUGGAGAAAUUAAGGGAUUUGGUACAGAACGUUGAAAAUGGUAGUCAGAACCGCGAUGGUUGGCGUCCAAUCGGCGAGCCCAAAAUUGAUUCCUUCGGAUACAUUCGUAGAUCAUUAUUGGCCUACGAGAAACGCUUGUUGGAUAAGAGAGCUCGGCUUAACAAGGGUUUAGAAGUACUACAUUUGCCUUUUUUUCCUCCAAAUAAUGAUUUAAGGAUAGCGUUGGCUUUAAAUUUAAUUAUUUUAAUUGUAUCCACCAUCUGGAUGGAGUUUCAGGAAAGAAGUGGAAAGUUAAGAAUGUUGCGGACAAAGGUCGAAGAAAGUGCUUUAGUCGAAGAUAUCUUAAAAAGUACUAUGCCGGAGAUAUAA